AAUAUACUAAUCUGUAACCAUUGUUUAAAAUUACUGAUUACAGCUAUAAUGUUACUGGGCAUUGGGACAAAAAAUGACAUAAUUAAAAAAACACUCUUGGAAAACCACAUUUUAAGGAGUUUCUAAAUAUUGAGGACUAAACUGUGUAGUUAACUGUCAUGAAGAUUUCCAUUUUUAGUCUGAAAGAAAACAUCAAGCUCAUGAUCUGAAUAAAGUCUGGAGCAUGUUUCAACAACAUGUCUUCAUCAGAAUCUACUGUCUUAAUCACCAGAGUCUGAUAGAAAUGCUGAUUGUUAAACUCCUCCUCUCAGGGCAAAAUGUGUGUAGUUGCUCUUGACCUGUAUCAUUGUUGAUGGAUGAAACAUAUUGAUCUGGGAAUACACAACAUGCAUGCACAAAAUUUAAAUAAUGAAGGUCUAAAACUAGCGUUCAACACAAAGACCCAGUUCAAGGUUGGGCCUCAAGAUUAGAUAAUGAAGCAGGACCCGCCUUAAGGCCCUCAUUAUUUCAGGUAUUAUGUUUUAGUGCUGAAUCUCAAACAAAGCAGCAAAUAAAUUAGCACAACCAGUCGAACCCCGACUGUUUUGGGUGCAUCUGAAGUUCUGGGACCCUGAGCCUGGUGCCCAGUUUGCCCAGUUGGUAUUCCAUCCUUGGUUUCAUAAAUCCAGUGAUGUGAUUACAGGCAGGUACACAGGUUUUCUUCCCCUAGGAUGUCUCAUCGCUUUCUCCAGGUGCAAAUCUGUUUAGUGAGUAACUGCCAGCUCUGGAGUUAGAAGCAGUUUGGGAAACUCUCUGAUAAACAGUUCUCACAUAUUCUUUGUAAUAUUCUUGGAGCAACAACUGUGAGCAGGACUCCGUUCUUAAUGUCAUCAGCAAUGCCUAUAACUAUAACUAAUAACAAAUGGUUAUCUGCUUCAUUAUCAGCCUCACGGCCACAAAACAAUAUGACCAUGGGAGAGUUUCAAACUGGGUGAAGGGUGGAAUUCUUCCUUGAGCAGUGGAUUCAAACCCAGAGUCUUCUUGCUGUGAGGGGACAGGGUUAUCUACCCCUAACCAUUGGCAGUAUUUACAUUGUAGUACAUUGAAUGAUUAACUGGUAGUGUAAAAACAGAAAUGCAGAGUGUGCGUUGGCUUAUCUGUUCAUUGCAUAAUGAUGAAGUAAAAGAUCAUAAACUUAUUUUUGAAUUGCAGAGUGCAUACACUAAGAGCUCACUUUGACUUCCACGAAUGACAGUGUAACUUCUCAGCUUCAGUAGGGGAACCAUGAGACUUGUAUUUCCUAACCCAGGACUGGAUGAUAGGAUCCCUUCUCAUGAGGAUCUGGACAGGAUGGAGAAGGAGGGGGCCGGGGACAGGCCAAAGUGGGACAACAAAACCCAGUACAUCCUAACCUGUGUGGGCUUCUGCAUUGGGAUCGGCAAUGUGUGGCGAUUCCCUUACUUGUGUCAAAGUCAUGGAGGGGGUGCAUUUUUGAUUCCCUACCUGAUCCUGCUGGUGCUGGAAGGAAUGCCUCUCCUGCUGUUGGAGUUUGCCAUCGGCCAGCGUCUCAGGAAAGGCAGUGUAGGAGUGUGGAGAGCCAUCAACCCUUAUCUGACUGGUGUUGGUAUAGCCUCCAUGCUGGUUUCCUUAUUGGUUGGACUUUACUACAACACCUUAAUAGCCUGGAUCCUGUGGUAUCUCUUCAAUUCCUUUCAAGACCCACUGCCUUGGACUCAGUGUCCUCUCAAUGACAAUGGGACAGGAUUUGUACCAGAGUGUCAAAGGAGCUCCACUGUGGAUUACUAUUUUUACAGAGUGACUCUGAAUAGUUCAGCCUCUAUAGCCGACUCUGGAGGAAUCCACUGGCCCAUAGUACUCUGCCUACUAGCAGCCUGGACAGUCAUGUGUGUCUGCUACAUACGGGGGAUCGGCACUUCAGGCAAGGCGGUGUACGUCACAGCCAUUCUGCCUUACAUAGUGCUGGCCAUCUUCUUGAUUCGAGGACUGACUCUUAAAGGCUCCCUGAGCGGAAUAAAGUUCCUCUUCACACCAGACGUUGAUGAGUUGAUCAACCCAAAAACUUGGCUUGAUGCAGGUGCCCAGGUCUUUUAUGCCUUUAGCCUAGCUUGGGGAGGCCUUAUCUCCUUCUCAAGCUACAACCCUGUUCACAACAACUGUGUGCAAGAUGCUGUGAUCCUGACAGCAAUAACUGGCUUCACCUCAAUCUAUGCUGCCACAGUCACCUACUCUAUCAUUGGCUUCAGAGCCACAGAGAAGUAUGACAACUGUAUCAAUGAUAACAUCGUGACAUUAUUAAAUGCAUUUGACCUUCCUGAAGACAACAUCACUACAAGCAACUACGAGGCAGCCUUCAACCAUCUCAACAGCUCCUACCCUGAUACUGUUCUUGGAUUGGACAUCAAAACCUGUGACAUGCAGACACUUCUCAGUGAGGGAGUGGAGGGAACAGGUCUGGCCUUCAUUGUGUUCACAGAGGCAAUAAUCAAGAUGCCUGGUUCUCCUGUCUGGUCUGUUCUCUUCUUCGUCAUGCUUCUCUGCUUGGGAAUCUCAACCCUGUUUGGCAACAUAGAGGGAGUGGUGGUCCCACUGAAAGAUCUGAAUUUGUUACCUCAAAAAUGGCCCCAAGAAGCGCUGACUGGACUAACAUGUGCUGUCGCCUUCAUCAUCUGUCUCCUGUUUACGCAGCAUUCAGGGAUGUAUUGGGUAACUCUCUUCGAUAACUUUGCUGGAUCAGUUCCACUUCUGACCAUUGGAUUGUUUGAGAUGAUAGCUGUUGUAUACAUCUACGGCAUAGACAGGUUCAAUGAGGACUUGGAGUUCAUGGUCGGAUAUAAGCCCUCCAUCUUUUGGCAGGUUACAUGGAGGUUCAUUAGUCCUCUAAUCGUUCUGGUUAUUUUAGUUUUCUACCUGGUGACACAAACCCAAGAAGAGCUCACCUACUUAGUCUGGGAUCCCAAAUCUGAGGAGUUCCCAUCUCUGACAUCAGUGCCGUACCCUUCAUGGAUCAAUGCGGUUGUCUUUCUUUUGGCGGGAGUCCCCAGUCUAGCAGUGCCUGUGUAUGCAUUAUGUAGGUUGGUCUUUGUUUACUGCAAGAAAAAAUAAAAUAUAUUGAAA